AUGGAUUCUCGUGAAAAAUUGUUAGCUAUUGCUGCUAGUGUUAUUGGGCAUAACAUAAUAUUAAUACACAAGUUAUUAAAAGCACCAAAAAAUAGAAAUGUGUGGGUGAAAGAAUGGAUUUCUCGUCGAGAAAAAGGUCCAGGUUCUUUUAGUAUGCUACAAAAUGAAUUAUUAAUAGAAGAUGAAAAAUCAUACAUGAACUAUUUGAGAAUGGAUCAGGAUAUGUUCAACGAAAUUUUAAUUAAAAUAACUCGAAUGGAUACUGUAAUGAGACAAUGUAUAAAACCACCAGAAAGAUUAGCAGCAACUUUAAGGUUUAUAGCUACUGGUGAAAGCUAUACAAAUCUUCAUUACUCUACUCGUAUUGCAACCAAUACAUUGAGCAUCCUUAUACCAGACACUUUGAAUGCAAUUUAUGAAGCUUUUAAAAAUGAAAUUAAGCUUCCAUCAACAACAGAAGAGUGGGAUGUUAUUGCAGAUCAAUUUGUUUCUUUUUGGAAUUUCCCACAUUGCAUAGAAGUAAUAGAUAAUGAAGAAACACAAAACAUAUGUCAGAUGAGAUCCAUUAACUUCAAUCAAGGUGGCAAUAGAUCCACCAACACAGCUUAUAACAUACGUGAUGAAUUUUUAAAAUAUUUUAAUGGACCAGGAGAAGUACCAUGGCAGCAAAUUGCUGUGGAAAAAGGAAAUUUUUAA